UCCCAGGACCUGACCCUCCCGGCAGCAAUUAGCUACCGUCCCCGGGCGGCCCCCAGCCGCAUCCCCUGGCCGGGGGCGAGGAAGAUGAGCAGGACAGGCGAGGCUCCAAGUGGAAACUCAACUUUUUAAAAGCACUGUCCGCGCCAGUGUGCGUGUGCGCGGGGGAGAAUGAGCUGAUGCCGAGGGUCUCGCUAUCCCCUCCGCCUCCCCCGCUGUCGCCGCCGCCCUCGUAAACGCGCGCGCACACCCGGCUCCGGCCCUCGGCGCCCGGAGAGGGUCGGUCUCCGAAGCAGCCGGAGCCCGUGGAGCGCGGCAGGCUGGAGCACCGCUGUCACCCAGCAGGCUGGCCGGGGCAGGAAGGGAUCCGCACGCCGGCUUUGUUGUGGAGAUCCCGGUUACCUGGCUCUGACCCACACCAUGGAUAACGUACUGGACUUGGCCUGAAGGGUGUGGGUCGUGCCAUUGGAGACUGACUAUCCUGGCUACGGUUGUUCAGAAUGAAUGGAAGGGCAUGCAGCAUGAACCUGCACCGGACGUCAGGAGCCCCCCAGGGGCCCGGGAUGGCCAGCGGCCCCCACAUUCCUCCCCUCCGCACCCACUCGGGGACUCCUGGCCCCUCAUCGUGCGGCACCUCACCAAGCCCAGCUCUUGGAAGCCUCGCUAACAGCCUCCAUCUCAAGAUGCCCUCGGGAGGAGGGAUGGUCCCUCCGGGCAACAUGGCCAACAGCCCCCUCCACCUGCCAGCCUUGAGCCCUCGGAGACAAGUGCUGACCAAUGGCAAGCCUCGGUUUCAGGUCACCCAGGCUGGGGGCAUGGCGGGGCCACACCCUUUAAAGCCAAAGCAGCAGGAAUUUGGAAGGCCUUUUGCUCCAAAUCUUGGGAAAGGGGCUCUUGGCUUUGGGCCUCAGUGCAAGUCCAUUGGAAAAAGCAGCUGCAACAAUCUAGUGGUCACCAGCAGCCCCAUGAUGGUUCAGCGACUGGGACCCAUUUCACCUCCAGCAAGCCAGGUCUCUACAGUAUGCAGCCCGCUCAGUCCUAGCUUACAGAGGGCAGUGAACGCAGCCAGCCUGAAUAUACCUCCUUCAGAUACCAGGUCCCUUAUUUCACGUGAGUCUUUGGCGUCCACGACAUUGAGUCUGACAGAAAGUCAUUCAGCUUUGAGCGUGAAACAAGAGUGGUCCCAUGGCUACAGGACUCUCCCUUCGCUUCCUUCCAACCACGGCUCUCAGAACGGCAGUGAUCUAGGAGACAUCCUGGGCCUUCCUCCCGGGACGGCCAUGUCCAGUGGCAGUGUCUCUAACUCAUUACCGUCCUACCUUUUUGGCGUGGAGAAUAGCCACUCUCCCUACCCGAGUCCCCGGCAUUCCUCCACCAGGUCCCACUCGGCCCGCUCCAAGAAGAGGGCCCUAUCCCUGUCCCCGCUGUCCGAUGGCAUCGGGAUAGACUUCAACACCAUCAUACGCACCUCGCCCACGUCCCUGGUUGCCUACAUCAAUGGCUCCAGGGCUUCCCCAGCUAACAUGUCCCCACAGCCUGAGGUCUACGGCCACUUCCUGGGCGUGCGCGGCAGCUGCAUCCCCCAGCCCUGCUCCGUUCCCAGCAGCCAGAAGAGCCUGCUGGUGGCCAGUGGUGGCCUGGCGCUCCCAGCCUGUGGGGAGGACGGUGUGGCUGAGUAUGAACGCAUGCAGCAGCUGGAGCACGCUGGGCUGCAGCCCGGCCUGGUCGGCAACAUGGUGGUGCAGCAUGGCCAGCCCGCUGGCCUGCUUAAGACCGAGCGCCUGGACGACUUCCCGGGGAGCACCCUGGACCUGCCUUCUGCUCCCCCUCUCACUCCUUUGCCACCCCCACCCCAAGGCCCCCCACCACCCUACCAUGCCCACCCACACCUUCACCACCAAGACCUGGUCCCCCAUGCCCAGUUGCUGUCCCUCCCCCAGGCAGCCCUGGAGGAGGAUGGGGACCUGGAUGACCUGGGGGGCAAGCACUGCUGUCGCUGGAUAGAUUGCAGCGCCCUGUACGACCAGCAGGAGGAGCUUGUGCGGCACAUCGAGAAGGUCCACAUCGACCAGCGGAAAGGAGAAGACUUCACCUGCUUCUGGGCUGGCUGUCCGCGCAGGUACAAGCCCUUCAACGCCCGCUAUAAACUGCUCAUCCACAUGCGAGUCCACUCUGGGGAGAAGCCCAACAAGUGCACGUUUGAAGGUUGCAAGAAGGCCUUUUCACGGCUCGAAAAUCUCAAGAUUCACUUGCGCAGCCACACGGGCGAGAAGCCGUAUCUGUGCCAGCAUCCGGGCUGCCAGAAGGCGUUCAGUAACUCCAGCGACCGCGCCAAGCACCAGCGGACGCACCUGGACACUAAACCGUACGCUUGUCAAAUUCCAGGAUGCUCCAAACGCUACACCGACCCGAGCUCCCUCAGAAAACACGUGAAGGCACAUUCUUCCAAAGACCAACAAGUGAGGAAAAAGCUGCGGUCCAGCACGGAGCUCCACCCGGACCUGCUCACGGACUGCCUCACUGUGCAGCCCCUGCAGCCAGCCGCUUCCCCGAGGGACACUGCAGCCGAUGGGGCCGUGGGGUGCUCCCCCGGGCCUGGGCCUGACCUCUAUCCAGCUCCCCUUUUCACCAGCAAUCACUCGAGCCGAAGCGGAACAGCUGCUGGGGCUGGGCCGCCCCCACACGCUGUCAGUCACCCUUCUCCGGGACAUAAUGUACAGGGGAGCCCCCACCAGCCCACCUCCCAGUUACCUCCACUCGCAGCUGUGGACGCGGGCGCUGAGAGGUUUGUGCCUUCUGCUUUAUCUCCACACCACAUCAGUCCCCAGAGAGGACCAGCCCCCUCUUCAAUACUGCAGAGAACCCAGCCUCCCCAGCCCCAGCAGCCAGCAGGGUCCCACCUGAAGUCCUACCAGCCGGAAGCAAACUCUUCUUUUCAACCAAAUGGCAUCCAUGUCCACGGAUUUUAUGGGCAACUGCAGACGUUCUGCCCCCCGCACUACCCCGACUCCCAGAGAACCCUGCCGCCCAGCAGCUCCUGCAGCGUGGUACCCUCCUUCGAGGACUGCCUGGUGCCCACAUCUGUGGGCCAGGCUGGUUUUGACGUUUUCCACAGAGCCUUCUCGACUCACUCGGGCAUUACAGUGUAUGAUUUGCCUUCGGGUUCCUCAAGCCUCUUUGCGGAGUCUCUUCGCAGUGGGCCUGAAGACGCCACGUUCUUGCAGAUCAGCGCAGUGGAUCGCUGUCCUAGCCAGCUCUCCUCUGUCUAUACUGAAGGCUAAAAACUCCGUUGGCCUCUCCUGCACAUCCAGAACUUUCCUCUUGCUUCCCACCUUUUGUUUCCAUCCUCUCACAGACUCCAUGAAGAAGGAUGUCCACCGAAUCAGCAGAACCUGCAAAGCAACCGCUGUGCCUUUGGAAGGCAGGACUGACUGGUUGGAGCUGGGCUUGGCAGGGAUGUUUGCAGUCACUUCUUUUUCUCUCUGGGUUUGCUGGACCAGGUGACCAGCAUGACUGUCUCUCCAAAGGGAAUUUAGAGUCUCACUCUAUGGAUAUCUGUUACUUCCUAACCAUCAACCCUCAAAGGACACCGAUAAGAUGUGUGCGUAUGAAGAUGUCGUUUGGGGGUCAAUCUUGCUGGAAAGACUAAAUAGGGAAGUACACCCCAAAUACUCUCCCUCACUGCUGGCCUCAGCGCAAAUCCAGGCAUGGGGGAAAUCCAUGCCCAAAGCACAGUGUGGUCUCAACUCUUGGGAACCCUGGUUUCCCAGCACUGGCCUGCCAUUCCCAUGAGCUGGCAGCCCCCCUCCUCAUAGACAGCCCCAUGCUAACCACUCGCUUCACAGUGUUUCUCCAAGAAGGUCUGUCAAGCACAGUCCCUUGAAAGGCACUACAACUUGUUUUAUAUUCCAGUAACCUUAGUUCUUUCAUCUUAAAGACUUGCUAUUUAUGCCUACUUAAAAAAAAAAAAAAAUUGUUUAGCUGUCUGGUCUUUGGAUGGGAAUAAUAUUUUAAUCUCCCCCACUGCACACAUUGUACCACAGCUGUAGCUCUGCCUGGCCCCACCUUGCAGCACCUGUGAGCACUCCUGGAAUGUUGGCUGUGCAGUGAACAAAGGCUCCCUGAGGGAAAUUUGGGGUGGGCACACUCCUUGUAUCCAGGGCUAGCAAGAACUCCUGUGUGUUGACUGUUGAGUGACUCCAAGCUGAAGACCUUGUUCAAAGGAGAAGGUCCCCUGCCUCUUUCACCCAAUGCCUCUGCUCUGUCCAGAGAAGACCCACAAGAUGCCAGAACGGGGUGCACUGAGUUGUGUGUGAGGGGGAUGUGUGAAGGAUGUCAGAUUCUAGUUGUUUGCGAGGCUCUGCUCACCUCCUUGUGGAUAGACACUCACCCGUCUGUCUCUCUGUCCCCUAUUUUUCUCCUCUACCUCUUUCCACACCUUCCUCUCUGCCUAACCAUCAAUUCUUGGGAUUCUGGCCUAAGACAGAUAGAGGGGACAGUUACAGAAAGGUGGGCAGAAAGUGGCAACCCAUCUUCUGGAAUUUUCAAAGCACUUGGCCCUUUGAUGCCAAGCUUGAAUGGGAAGUCAUUUUCUGUAAUUCCUUUAUAAAGCUAUUAAAAAGAUCCUAAACCAAAAACCAAACCCAUUGCCACUGAGUCAAUUCCAACUCUUAGCAACCCUAUAGGACAGAGCAGAACUGCCCCACGGGGUUUCCACAGCCGUCAUCUUUACAGAAGCUGACUGCCACGUCUUUCUCCCAUGGGGCAGCUGGUGGGUUCGAACUGCCAACCUUUCAGUUAGCAGCUGCGCGCUUUCACCACUGCACCACCAGGGCUCCUUAAAAAGAUCCUAAGUCCUGUAAACAGUCUAUAAAAAUUAGCCAAACCCCAAAGAUCUGGUAAAUUCUGACAUUGUUGCACUGUUGUGUUUCAUGGCUUCUUUUCUUAACUCUCUUUGUAAAAUGUUUUCUGACCCAAAAUGAAACAAUAUUAUUUGUCAAACUGAGAUAAUUACAGUCUUCAACAAGACAAUUAAGCAAUUUGGUGUCAGACUUGGGAUCCUCUAACAGCUUGUAUCCUGGCGGACUGGUCCUUCUGGGCACAUUUCACUAGAGUCCAUUCCAGCAGGCAGUAGAAUAAGAUGGAUAGAGAACCAAGUGUGGUUAUGUCUUUACAGUGCACUUGGUCAAUCUAGUUUGGGUUGGGGUGGGGUAGGGGUCUGCCUUAAGAAAAGCCCUCAUACAGAUUUCCAAGUCUGCAGAAGAGAGGAGUUACUCACUUUACAAAAGCCUGCUCUACGUCAGGAAGGGAUGCAGGUCAGGCUGUCUUUACGGAUGAGCGCUCCGGCUGGGCGUGCAUAAGAUCCCAUCUUUCGCCAGGCCUUGUGGGUCAUGUCACUUGGCUAAAACAAGGACACACACCUGCUGACACUGGCUUCGUAAAUAGUAUCCCUCUUGUAUCCUUCCUCACACCCUGGAAGGAAACACCGUGAUGUCUUGUGAGAGACAAUCUAUUCGUUCCUAAAUUCUGAAGCCUUUAGGAACAAGUCAAAAUAGAUUUCAUUUGUGUGAUGAGGAGAAAAGAAACUAAAAGGACAGACUGAGACUGCAGUUGAUAGUCUUGGCGCUGCCUGGAGGCUUCACAUCAUUUAAUAAGUAAAAUGGGAAGGAGGACAAAGCAUGAAGUAAACCUCAGAAGCCUGUGGAUGGCGUAUCUCCCUCAGCCUCAGACGAGAUGCCUGUGGGCCAGUUUCUGGUCUGUGAGGGCCUCUCCUGCAGGCCCCAACUCUUUCAUGCUCUCCCGCGGCUAGGGGGACUAGAGAAGUGGGCUAGUCAGCAACAGCACCUGCAGUACCCUCCUUCCAAAGCAGGAAAUCAAAGCCCGGUCCUUCCUGUUAGCAGAGGGACAGGCCGGGAACCAGGGCCCACUGUGGCCACAGCCCACGUACUCCUCAACCACCCCUCAGUGCCACAAAGCUGCAGGUUUCAGAUCAGGGCCUCGGGAACAUGAUACUUCCGGUCCUUUCCAGGCACAUCCGGCUUCCUUCUAGGCACAUCCGGCUUCCUUCUAGGCACAUCCGGGUCUUUAGAUUCCAGGCUCUCCCCUGGCCUUUAAAAUCGUCUCUUGCUUACUUUCGCAUUGUAGAAGAUUUAUAUAUGCUUUCAUUGUUAUUUUAGUAGCUGGAAAAGUGGAAACUUCAAAAAACUCAUUCCCUUCCAUUUAUUGGCCUCUUUAGUCUUGAUGUAUAGCCAUAUUCAUACAUAUCUGAACAGAGAUUUUCGUUCCCCUUUUUAAAAAGCUGGUGCUGUGAAAACAGCCCAGUGCCAAUUAUCCUAUUACAUUAUUUUAAAAAAAAAGUCUGCCUAGAGACAUUUCUUUUGCUGUCGUAUUUUAACUCGCUAAAGGGAUUGCAUCAAAAUGUCCGUUGUAAUUUAGCCGCUGAUCAGCUGUUCAAUAUUUUUAAAGUAUUUACUGGUCUUUUGGGGAAUCUACCUUUACCCAUGUCUCCCUUGAUUUAACAUAGGUGACUCUAAAAACAGGGAAAAAAAGGUCUUAGUGGAUCACAACAUAGUUUGAGCUGAUAACGUAGGGAUGGUUCUGUUAUGUUGUUUUUAAGGUCCCAGCCGUCAAGCGCACUAGUUAACCAAUACCCGUUUUGAACCGGAGUCCAUGUUAAACACCCUCCAUCCCAAUUCCUUUCCUGUUGCCUUGAGGUAUUGGUUUGAGUGACUGUAAAUGUUCAAUCUAAUAAUUUAGUGUUUUAUUUGGCUGUUUUGACCAUGUCAUUUUAUAGCAUCAUGUUUUUUUUUAAUGGCACUUUUUGGAAUUUCUGCGGUUACUUUUUAUUUUUGCAAGGGAUAAAGCAAAAAAAAAAAAAAGCACUCAUUGGAGAAAUGGCGAGUGCAAAAAAGAAGAGAUUUAUGGGGAGGGGCGUGGAAAUCUGUUUUCCAUAAAUCAUGCAGACUUUUGUACAUAGUUCUAGACACUCGCGUAGAGAAAUGAGCUGCAUAUAUCAUAGUGGAUAUGGGGCUGAUUUUACUCUAGGGGUACAUCUGGUGCUUAUUGUCAUCGAUCUUUCAGAGAAUUAGGUACACUUUUUUCUAUUAAUAUGUAUAGUUUUGUGAUUUGUCACAGUUAUGUUUCAUGUAAUCAUAAGUUAUUUUGUCUUGUUUCAUGAAGUUCUUUUUUUUAUGUCAAAAGCAGAAUGAAGGGGACUGUGCACAGAAUAAAACUGGAACUACAGGAUAUGCCUGCCUGACCACCUCCCCAGGCCGGGCACUUUAAACUCAAUGGCGACCACCGCUGUUUGUUUGUUUGCUUUAUUAUUUUGUUUUGCCAUCGGCCUCCUUCACAUCGGGGAUGGUAAUUAUAAUUAAAAGCAGAUGGGGGAGGGAGACUGUCCAAGACCAGCCUUAAAAUGCCGCGUUGCUUUGGGCCAGAGCUGCAGCCUGGAUUUAAUUAUAGAUAUGAGGACGGAAUGGCAGUGAAAAUGAGUGCCUCCCCGCGUCCUUUACAUGU